GGCUAUGGCAUUGGUGCAGUCCUCGAGCAACAUGAUGGGGUGGACUGGCAUCCAGUCGAGUACUUCAGCAAGAAAGUGCCCGUCGUGCAUUCCAUUGACGAUGCACGCAAGAAGGAGCUCCUCGCCUUCGUCCACGCGCUCAAGCGGUGGCGGCACUUCCUCCUUGGUCGAAGCCAACAAUCCGUUGGUCUUUUACAAGACCCAAGACACCGUCAACAGCACCAUCGCUCGAUGGAUGGCUUUCAUCGACCAGUUCGACUUCUUUCCCGAUCACAUUCCCGGAAAGUCGAACUGUUUUGUGGAUGCUCUUUCACGGCGAUGUACCGCUGUCUACUCAACCUUCGAGAUCGACGAUGACUCGCGGAACAACUUUAUCCGCGGCUACCAAGCCGACCCCGAUUUUCGUGACAAGUACGCAAAUUGCUCCUCUCCUAAUCCGGUGCCUUCUCACUACCGGAUCCAAGAGGGGUACUUGCUUGUCCACACGAGGGGGAAGGACCUCCUUUGCUCACCGAGUGAUCCUCACUUGCGUACACGGCUUCUUGGCGAGUUCCACGAUGCUCCCGCCAUCGGACACUUUGGAGUCAAUCGCACGAUUGGUCGACUUCGUGAGCGAUUUUGGUGGCCCGGCCUUCUCGGCGACGUCACGCGCUAUUGCGAGUCAUGCGAGGUUUGCCGAUGCUACAAAUCCCGCAACCAUCGUCCGUACGGCGAGUUACGACCAUUAUCGGUCCUGUUGAGGCGAAGGGAAGCGAUUGCCAUGGACAUUACCGGCCCGUUCCCCAAGCACAAGACCGGAAUGGAUGGGAUUCUCACGGUGGUCGACCGACUCACCAAGUUCGCCAUGUUUUUGCCUUGUCGCUAUCAUGCCAAGGCACCGCAGUUGGUCGAGGUUCUCUACGCCGGUUGGAUUCGAACCAAGGGUUACCCCAAGGAAAUCGUCUGCGACCGCGACACCCGGUUCAUGUCUGAUUUUUGGUUGGUGCUCAUCCAGCGAUGGGGCUCAUCUCUCAAGCCCAGUUCAACUCGCCACCCUCAGACCGAUGGCCAGACGGAGAGGGCGCACCAGACCGCACAGGUUCUCCUUCGCACUCUCAUUCGUCCUGACCAGAAGGACUGGGUUGAGCGGCUGCCGGAUGUCGAGUUGGCCUACAACUCUUCCAUCCACCCAGCUAUCGGGAUAUAUCCUUUCGAGUUCGAGCACGGCUCGCCGGUCACUUCACAGUUGGACACUAUUACUCCACGGACGGCCGAGAGCGACGACCAUCGUCUUUUCUUGCGUCGGAUGCAAGAGCUUCUUGUCAAGGCACGCGACCAGAUGGCUAAGACGCAGCAGCGCAUGAGCCAGCAGGCAAAUCGUCAGCGUCUUCCUUGCCCAUUCCGUGCCAGCGGCCUCGUACGCCAGCUGGAACAGCAGCCCACAACAGCCACCCCCGCUGGAGCCUCCAACUUGACGGACCGCGUCAACGUCUUGGAAAUUGACGUCGAGACUCUCAAGGACGGCGCUCUAGCGACAAAUCAGCGGAUUGACCAGCAGAUUUGUGUCGCCUCAGCCAGUCCGACCGCGACUACUCGCGAGAGCAUCCCAAAGUUUGACGGCCUGCUGAUCUGCUGCGAUGCAACGACGACAGACCCGAUCCCAUGGUGGCGCCAGUUCGAGUUGAAGUUGGACAUUCACCACGUCAUCAACCCAAACCGGCACGCAUACUUAUACUCCCGCUCAGGGGGCGCGUGUCAGGCAUGGCUGGAUAACAUGUUGUCCACGCACAACGUCGCAGUCUCCGAGCUGCAUACGAAGAUCAGCUGGGCUGAUCUCAAGGCAGCAUGGCAUAAGCGGUUCCAAGUGGAGCCGCCUGAGCUUCAGGCAACCGAAAAACUGCAAUGGUUCUAUCAGAACGACCUACCAAGCACGGACUGGAUAACCGAGUACCAACGCUUGGCAUCCACGCCCAACUUGCCGUCGACAUUUGUCGCUAUCAAGCACUUCUUCAUCAGGAGGAGUUGUCCGGCGUGGCAGAACGCCUUGACGCAAGUUGCGGAGACGCUCACCACAAGUGAGCAGCUUUUUGAUAAAGCCUCGCAGAUCAUCGUGACGAACAUCGAAGCCAAGAAUUUGGGUCAUUCGUCUGCUGUGGGCCAAGGCAGAGCGGCAAUGACCAACGAGUUCCGUGCAAUGUUGGACCGGUUCGUACUAGUCUACUUAGACGACAUUCCCGUCUAUAGCCGGACAUUGGAGGAUCAUCUUGAGCACCUUCGACGAGUGUUGGAGACGAUCCGCCGCGCCAAGUACAAAGCCAACCGCGACAAGCGCGAAUUUUUCCGGCAAGAGCUGGAAUACUUGGGCCAUUUUGUCCCACCGGAGGGCAUCAGUCCGUUGUCGGACAAGAUUCAAGCCAUCCGAGAGUGGCUGGAGCCGAAGAACAUCACAAAUGUCUGUUUCCUUGGAUUAGCCGGCUACUAUCGACGCUUCAUCAAGGGAUACUCGAAGAUCGCGGCUCCUUUAUCCAAGCUUCAAUGCGAGGACCGGCCAUUCGACUUCGACGACAAUGCGCGAACUUCCUUUUUGGCUCUCAAAGCUGCAUUGCUAUCCGCGGAGGUGUUGCGCAUCUACGACCCGCUUCUACCGACACGUGUCACUAUUGAUGCGUCUGGCUAUGGCAUUGGUGUCGUCCUCGAGCAACAUGAUGGCGUGGACUGGCACCCGAUCGAGUACUUUAGCAAGAAAUUGCCCGCCGUGCACUCGAUCGACGAUGCACGGAAGAAGGAAUUAUUGGCCUUCGUACACGCGCUCAAGCACGGGCGGCAUUUUCUUCUCGGUCGACUGCGAUUCCGAUGGGUAACGGAUAACAAUCCAUUGGUCUUCUACAAGACCCAAGACACGGUCAAUAGCACCAUUGCGCGUUGGAUGGCCUUCAUCGACCAGUUUGACUUUUUCCUCGACCACAUUUCGGGCAAGUCAAACCGUUUUGCGGAUUCUCUUUCACGACAUCCGGACCAUUGUACCACAGUCUACUCAACUUUUGAGAUUCACGACGACUUGCGGGACAGCUUCAUCCGCGGCUACCAAGUCGACCCCGAGUUUUGCGACAAGUACACAAAUUGCUCCUCUCCCAAUCCGGCGCUAUCGCACUAUCGGAUCCAAGAGGGGUACUUGCUCAUCCACUCGCGAGGGAAGGAUCUUCUUUGUGUGCCACGAGAUUUACACUUGCGCACAUGGCUUCUUGGCGAGUUCCACGACGCUCCCACCACCGGACACUUUGGAGUCAAUCGUACGAUUGGCCAACUCCGCGAGCGCUUUUGGUGGCCCGGUCUUCUCGACGACGUCACACGCUAUUGCGAGUCAUGCGAGGUUUGCAGACGUUGCAAAUCCCGCAAUCAUCAUCCGUACGGUGAGUUGCGACCAUUACCAGUCCCCUUGCGCCGAAGGGAAGCGAUUGCCAUGGACAUUACCGGGCCGUUCCCCAAGCACAAGACUGGUGUGGAUGGGAUUCUCACGGUGGUCGACCGACUCACCAAGUUCGCCAUGUUUUUGCCUUGCCGCUAUCAUGCCAAGGCACUGGAGUUCGCUGAGGUUCUUUACGCUGGUUGGGAGGUUCUUUACGCCGGUUGGAUUCGAACCAAGGGUUACCCCAAGGAAAUCGUCUGCAACCGCGACACUCGGUUCAUGUCCGAUUUUUGGUUGGCGCUCAUCAAACGAUGGGGCUCAUCUCUCAAGCCAAGUUCGGCUCGCCACCCCCAAACCGAUGGCCAAACGGAGAGGGCGCCUCAGACCGCACAGGUUCUCCUUCGGACUCUCAUCCGUCCCGACCAAAAGGAUUGGGUUGAGCAGCUGCUUGAUGUCGAGUUGGCAUACAACUCGUCCAUCCACCCGGCUAUCGGGAUGUCGCCCUUCGAGUUCGAGCACGGCUCGUCGGUUACUUCUCCAUUGGACACAAUCAUUCCACGGGCAGCCGAGAGCGACGACCAUCUUCUCUUCAUUCAUCGGAUGCAAGAGCUCCUUGUCAAGGCACGAGACCAGAUGGCAAAGACGCAGCAACGCAUGAGCCAACAAGCCAAUCGCCAGCGUCUUCCCUGUCCAUUCAGUGUCGACGACCUUGUCUGGGUUUCUGCCGCGGAAUUCAGCCUCGAACAAGAUAUCUCUCGCAAGCUCCUCCCGAAAUGGAUGGGGCCUUGGCCAAUCGUGGCAUCCGCUGGGGAUGCACCCGAAGAACCUUCUUUCACCAUUCAGGUGCCCGCCCACUUGCCCGUCUACCCGGUCUUUCAUUGCUCCAAGUUGGCUCUUUACACGCCAAAGGAACAUGACAACUUCCCCGGGCGACGAUCCCAAGACCCACCCUCGAUGGACGGUUUUCAGGAGGUUGGCGACAUCAUCUCCCAGCGACGCUACGUCAACAAGCCAACCGAGUACUUGGCACACUUUGCGUACUGCACCCACAAAGCUGACCGUUGGUUGACCCGUGCGGAACUCCAAGCAAUAGCUCCAGAUGUUAUGGCGACAUCAUCUCCCAGCGACGCUAUGGCNACGCUAUGGCAACAGGCGAACCGAGUACUCGGUACACUUUGCCAAAAGAAGAAGGAAUUGCAGGAAAGACUGCAGCAAGAGCAGACCCUGCUUGCAGAAUUGGAGAGGCAGGAGGCAGCUGAGCAAGAGGCUGCAACAGAUGCUUCACGCAAUGAGUAUCUGUUGGAGCAGCUAGGCAAGGUUGUGUCAGAUGAGCGUUGUCCCCAGGGGACUAAGAACUUGGCGGAGUGGGCCAUUUUGGAACACAAAUCCACCAGUUCUUACUUCACUAACUGGGAUGACCGCAUAGCUCGUCUGGAGAGCAGAGUGGAUGAUCUGGCAGCUCAGCAGUCAAAGAUACUGAGUGCAAUUCAGAAUUUGACUGCUCAGCUGACAACAGCCAAGCUGAUUGUUCCCCUGUCUCCUGUCCCCUCAGUGAAACCUUUACCUUCUCCUUCCUCGUCGCCCUUUGGAUCACGCCACUCUUCCCCUUCACCACCUCACUCCCAAAAAGCUACAGCCCAGCCAUCCUAUGCGUCUGUUGCUGCAGGAGAUCAAAGGGGGCCCAAGAUCCCAGCUCCCAACAAGUUCAGAGGGGAUGACCCAAAGACCGAUGUUGGGGACUGGGCUGCUGGGACCAAAGCCUACUUGAGGGGCUUUGUCUGUGCAGAACAGACCAAGGUGGCAACGAUUUUGGGACUCCUGGAGGGACCCGCUCUGAAGUGGGCCACCUCAACUUCCAGCAGUCAACAGCAGUCUAUGGAGGACUGGGCUUUUGGGCUGGGGGUGGACAAACUUCUGCAGGCCCUAGAAGACCGCUUUGCAGACAAGGAGCGGGCCCGCAAAGCUGCUGACAAGAUUGCUCGCUUGGCGCAGCAGCGCUACAGCGGCACCAUGCAAUCCCUGUUUGCAGAGUUCGAGCAACUUACCUCUACCCCUGGGUUGGUCAUGUCAACUGAUGAUCUGCUAACCAACUUCUGCAGGGCAGCGCCUAAGAAGUUUGUUGUUGCAUUGUAUAGCGCAGGGCAUAAGGAUUGGAGAUACUUUGGCCGUGCAGCCCUGGACAUCGAGGCAAAACUUCAUGUCCAGGCCCCCUCCUCUGAUAGGAGGAAAGGAGUUUUCCCUCGUGGUGGUAGAAAGGGAAAAGCGGCCUUUGCACAUGCAGGGUCUGCAUCAGCUUCUGAUUCAGACUCCCAGGCUGAUACACCAUCAGUUGGGACUGGAUCAGCUGCUAAGACAGAUGUUGCAGCGGCCCUGACUCAGGCUGUUCUGGGAGUUACUCACAAUGGAGGAGCUGCGCAAAGUUGGUCAGACGGUGGACAAAGCAUACUUGCACUGGAAGAAACAAGUGAAGGGAGUCAGCUAAAGGAUCAAAGGGAGAGUAUGGAUUGUGAAAAUAUGGAUUGUGAAAAUUUGGAAGGAAGUACAGGCGGGGCAGCCUCACUUAGGAGAAAAGCAACAAGGGAGGGGUCGGAAUCAGAGGACCACGGAAGUAAAAGGGCCCAGUCAAGUCAAAGAACAGACAGGGAAGACAUGGGAGAAGCGCAAUCAAGACAGUCUCAGAAAGGUUCACAAGUACAGGGUAGAAGGGACGUGAGGGGAGAAGGAGCUGUGAGUGAAAAGGAAGAGUCCAUGGACACCACAGGAGGGGGAGGAAAGCAGGACAUCAGCCAGCAGGGCGACACCCAAGGUGACACAGAGUCAAUGGAGGAAGAUACGAGCGCACAAGCGUCACAAGGAGAACAAUCAAAGGGAGAGGAGGAAGGGGACGAUGGAUGCGAGGACGAGGAGGAGGAGCUGGAAUGGGAUUCUAUGGAAAAAUGGGAACAGACUCCACCAAGAGGAGGUGGAAGAGGAGAGCUCAGUCCGCCAAACGAGGGAGACAGCGAGGAAGAGCAGUCCCAGCCGGAAGAGGAGAAGGAGGAGGACGCAAAGGAAGAUCUGCGCAGACAGGCGGCCAUCUUAGAGGCUCAGGUGAACGUGCCCGAGGACCAGAACGGAGAAUUAAACGAGCAAAGCAUCAAUCUGCAGAAGAUUGUAGAGGAAAAGCUGAAAGAAAUCGAAGCCGCGGCCAAGUUGGAAGCCAUGAAUGCAGGGAAGCAUAGAAUUGUACUGUCAUGCAGAUGGAAUGAGAAACACAAAAACUGGGAAAUUGCAAACCACAGAUCCCUGGCACUGCUCACAGUAGAAGACAGACAAUGCACAAGAGGAGCCUUUGGAGAACUAAUCUCUGAAGGUCCGCUAAGGAGAGCGCUCGUGGUUGGGGAGGCAAAUGAUGAAAAGAAGAAUGGGAGGACCAGGGGAGAAUCAAACAGUACCGAGCUGUCACAGGUCGCCGGCGCGGAUGGGACAUGGCACGCGAUGCCUGUUGGCUUGCUGCUGCAUGCGGACUUGAGCCUUUUGCGUAUUUGCGCGGGCUUGAGCCAGCAAUUCCCUGUACUUCCGGACGGAAGCGGGAGAGCAAGCGGCAUCGAUGUCGGCUGGUCGUGGGAGGAGAAGGUCGGCGAAGAUACGGCCUUUCCGUCCACCGUGGUGCAACUCGAAUGGAGUCACGCCGAUCACCGGGUGCACCGAAGUGUUGUAGGCGAACUCGAUGUCGGGGAGGCGGUCAACCCAAUCUUUCUUGUCCGGACGGAUGAGCGUACGAAGCAUCAUUUGAGCGGUUUGAUGUGCCCGCUCCGUCUGCCCGUCUGUCUGUGGAUACCGAGCCAAACUUGGCUUCAUCUUCAUGCCGGACUCCUGCAUGAGAGCAGUCUAAAAUGCCGACAUGAAGCGAGUGUCGCUGACUAUGUCUUUCGGUACACCAUGGCCGCAAAUCCAGCCGGUGUGCAGGAGGCGUGCCAGCUUGGGAGCCGUGGAGUAGUACUUGCAAGGGAGAAAACGUGCAUACUUACUCAAUCGGUCCACGACCGUGAGGAUGUCGUCGUGUCCGAGGCGGUCGCGGGGGAAUGGUCCGGUGACAUCCAUGGCAAUGGAGAGGCCGGGUUCCUGCGGGAUCGGCAUUGGGCGCAGCUCGCCGUAGGGGUUGCGGUUGCGGGGUUUGCUUCGUCGGCAAACUUCGCAAGAGUCGCAAUACCUCGUGACAUCGGUGAUGAGGUCGGGCCAUCGGAAUCGUUGUUGAAGCCGUGCAAUAGUGCGGUUGACUCCGAAAUGGCCGGCGAGUCGCGAAUCAUGAUACUCGCCGAGGAGGCGAGUCCGAAGACGGCGGUCGCGUGGGACACAUAAUAAGUCCUUGCCCCGCGAGUGCAGGAGCAAGUACCCAUCGG